UUCUUCCAAAAGAAAAAAAGAAAAACUUUUAUUUUGUGUUCCACCAAUUUUCCCGAGAAAAUCUCAGAGACCCACAAAUGAUUCUAGCAAAGCGAGGUCACAGAUUCUUCAAGUUCAGACUCCACUUUCUCUCCCGAUCUUCCAAUUUCACUUCAUAAAUCCUAACCCAACUUCAAAAGCUUCAAUUUUUGUGUUUUUUCCAUUCCAUUUUCCUAGCAAGCAAACGACUUUUUUCAAUAAUUUCCUUUUUCUUUUCUGGGAUUUUGGCUUUGAGACAGAUGGUUUCAAAAUAUUACCACAAUUUCUCACGUGGGGUUGUAGAAAUGGCCUGGAUUAUGCUGUGUGUUAAUUACUCGAGGCUCUUCUGGUUCUUGUUUGGAUUUUUCUCAAACGAAAACUACCAAGGCAAACCUCGGAUCAUCUAGCAAAGCAAUUACUUCUUUAUGUUCUGUGUGUGAAAAAUUAAAUUAAUACCGUUUUCUAUACAUAAAUAUAUAUUUGGUUUUGGUUUUGGAAUUUGAUUUUGGAAGAAGGACACAGAGAAGAGACAAAGAGAAGGUUCCGAGAAUGGCACAGCAAAUUGCCUAUGUUGAGACAGAUCCAUCUGGUCGCUAUGGAAGGUUUAGAGAAAUUCUAGGGAAAGGAGCCAUGAAGACAGUAUAUAAAGCCUUUGACGAGGUUCUUGGAAUAGAAGUGGCUUGGAACCAAGUCAAGCUCAAAGAUGUGUUCCAUUCCCCAGAAGAACUACAGCGCCUCUACUCAGAAGUUCAUCUCCUCAAGAACCUCAACCACGACUCGAUCAUCCGAUUCUACACGUCGUGGAUCGACACUCAUCGACGAACCUUCAACUUCAUUACCGAGAUGUUCACCUCCGGCACCCUUAGAGAGUACAGGCAGAAGUACCGAAAACUCGACAUCGGUGCAGUCAAGAACUGGGCCCGCCAAAUCCUACGCGGCCUCGCUUAUCUUCAUGGACACGAUCCUCCCGUAAUCCACAGGGACCUCAAGUGUGAUAACAUAUUCAUCAAUGGCCAUCUUGGGCAAGUUAAAAUUGGUGAUUUGGGACUCGCAGCCAUCCUUCAUGAUUCCAAACACGCCCACAGCGUCAUAGGUACACCAGAGUUUAUGGCGCCAGAGUUGUAUGAUGAGGAAUACAAUGAACUUGUAGACGUUUAUUCCUUUGGGAUGUGUGUGAUAGAAAUGCUCACUUUGGAGUAUCCUUAUAGCGAGUGUUCUAACCCUGCUCAGAUAUACAAGAAAGUAACUUCGGGAAAAUUGCCAAAUGCAUACUAUCGGAUUGAAGAUUUGGAAGCACAAAAAUUUGUGAGAAAAUGCUUAGAGAAUGUUUCAAAGAGGUUGCCUGCUACAGAGCUCUUGCUGCAUCCAUUUCUAGCUUCUGAUGAUGUUUCUCAUGAGGAGGAGCUGCCUGCAACUCCACCUCUAAUAUCACAUCCUCCCAAGGAAACAGCCAUACCAGUGCCACGACGCACAGACAUGACCAUCUCGGGAUCAAUGAAUCCCGAAGACGAUACAGUUUUCCUAAAAGUUCGGAUUAAAGUCAAGGGAGGUAAUGCCAAGAACGUAUACUUCACGUUCGACACUGUAAACGACAUCGCAAUCGAUGUGGCGACCGAGAUGGUAAAAGAGUUGGAAAUCAUUGAUUGGGAUCCAUUGGAGAUUGCUGUGAUGAUAAAGAAGGAAGUAUCUAAAUUGAUCCCAAAUUGGGAGGAAUGGAACAACUUUAUACCCAAAAACCACCAUCAAGAUAGCUUCAACUAUGAAAAUGAAGAAGAAGAAGAUAAUGUUACUCCAAAUCCUUUCUACUCUUGCUCCUCUUAUGCAUCCUCCUCAAAUUCUUUGCAAGGUUUCUACUCUUUAUAUGACAACCCUCGUCAAUGGGGAGGAAUGAAUGAUACCUCUGUUGCCUCUCAAUGGUUUCAAGAGGAUCAUAUCCUCAUUGAUGGUGAUGCAAGUUCUAGCACCUCCAUGAACUCCUUCAAUGGCUCUAAUAUAAGCUUUUACUCAAACAAUGAAGAUCAUGAAGAAGAUGAAUGUGACUCACAUUUCAAAGGGAGAGAGCCUCAUUGCAUCUCAACAACCAAGCAACCUACAAGAUUUUGCCCCACCAUGGACCCAGAUGCCCACCAUUUGAGGCACAAGGAUAAUAACCUGUCGGACCGAGAAUCCGAGGGACGAUCUCGCUCAAAUAGCUCACACCGACUUACGAGAACGAGAUCAAUGGUGGAGGGUCGGAGCCAGAUGAAGUCCUUGGUAGAGAUGUUGCUGAGGAAGCGACUGUUCAAGACGGUUGGAGCAGUUGAAAAUAUUGGGUACCACAAGCCAUAGGGGUUUUUGGGGAAUAUAUUUGUGGAUAAAUAAAUGAAGGAAAUCUUUUUGGCAUUUUAUUUGUUUUGAAUUUGUAAAAUGUGUGAAACAAAAAGCCUUAUGGGACAUUGAAUAACAAUUUUCUUUACUACAUA